GAAAAAAAUGAUAGUGACGAAGAGGAUUUGGAAGAGUGGGCAAGGCGUACUGUGGAGCGAACAAGAAUGAAGAAAAAAGACAAGAGAAAAUUCACGAAAAAAGACGGAGAUGACAAAGGCGGUUCGACUGAUCAGGAUAUCAUUUCGUUCUUGGUCAAAAAUGGUGCGAAUGUCAAUGCAACGGAUUACAGUGGAUCCACUCCGUUACAUUAUACGGCCCUGUACAACCAACCUGAGUACGCCAGAGGUCUUAUAAAAAAUGGAGCAGAUUUGGAGUGCAGAGAUAUUGAAGGAAUGACCCCUUUCAUCUUGGCAGUGGAAAAGAAUCACACAAGUGUGGGAAAAGUGCUCCUGGAAAAUGGUGCUGACUACUCAGCAAAGGACAAUAAUGACAACAAUGUGCUGCACUUAUGCUGUUUAAACAAGGAUCACGCGACACUUGGAUUGCUGUCCGAAUAUUUGUCUCAACUUGAUGUGAACUUCCUCCGGAAACUAUUGGUCCAAGUGAACAGGUCUAACGAAACGCCUGCACAUUAUGCUGCUCGACGAGAGGAUCCGACACUGCUCCAGUCGAUGCUACCUACAAGCACAAGGGCUGGGAUACUGUCAGGUUGCCCAAGCCUAGAUGGGGGAAUUCGAGAGGCAGAGGUCGGGUUCGAACCUUCCGGUUAUGGUGCCAAGGUGAACUGCCCCAACAAUAGAGGCAAAACGCCGCUGAUGAUCGCAUGCCAAACGAAAAAUGAGCACUUGGUGGAAAGUCUGCUUACCAACGGUGCUGACGCUUCCCUCUUGGACAAUCAGCAAAAUAGUGCACUUUACUUCGCCAUUAAGGCGAGGAAUUACGACAUAGUUUCGGUGAACUGCCCCAACAAUAGAGGCAAAACGCCGCUGAUGAUCGCAUGCCAAACGAAAAAUGAGCACUUGGUGGAAAGUCUGCUUACCAACGGUGCUGACGCUUCCCUCUUGGACAAUCAGCAAAAUAGUGCACUUUACUUCGCCAUUAAGGCGAGGAAUUACGACAUAGUUUCGAAACUACUUCGAAGCGUUAAAGAAAAACACAAAAUUUUGGGGUGGAAAAACAGAAAUGGUGAUACAAGUUUGCACAUCGUGGCGUCGCUAGGAGAUGAAGAAAUGAUUGUGAAUCUUCACAAUGAGGGUGCCUAUAGGUGGGCGCUUAACUUCUGCCGGCAAACACCCCUCCAUAUUGCUGCAUCAAAAGGUCACCUAAAAGUUGCAACUCAUCUGACAGAGGUACACCCAUUCUCGAUUGAUGCCGGAGAUGAGAAUGGCAAUACCGCGUUGCAUUAUGCUGCAAGAAAUGGACAUGUUAGCGUUGUCGAGCAUUUGCUCACACUUAGUCGUCCUACUUACAAUGCGAAAAAUGUUCAGGGACGCACAGCGUUAAUGUAUGCGGCGGAAAACGACCAAACAGAAUGCAUUGAGGCAUUGUUGAAAGCAAGGAACUUAAACGUGAAUAUGACCGACAACUUUGGAAGGACCCCUCUGAUGAUUGCAUGUGAACAAGGUAACGCGAAUUCAGUGAGACUUUUGCUGAAAAAUGGAGCCGAACUGACCUACUGCAUCUCUCAUGCUUGUAAACCUUUUGCUGGCUGGAAUGCAUUGAAUUUGGCCAUUUGGAGCAGAAAUCUCGACUGUGUUCUUGAAAUUCUGAAUAGCGACAACUGGCGUGAUGCUAUGUGGAACACUGCAAAAGAUUUAAAUGGCGAAUGGAUGACUCCUAUGCGUCAAAUGAUUAAAGAGCUUCCAAAGCUCAUCAGCAGUGCAUAUCCAAUGACCGUGCCGGGAUUCGAACUCUGGACAUCUGACAUGCGAGGCGAGCGUGUAACUACUACUCGUUGGAUGCAUCUGAAUUUUCACCGAAAUACACUCAUUUGCAAACAAAUUUACUUUUGCGAGAGACUCACCUGGAACCCAGCUGAAUUUCUCGUUUGUGAUGUUUUCAGGCAACUGAAUGUGUUGCGUCAGGCCGCCCCACGUUCCACUUGCGACGAUAUUCGACAUAUUGCGAUACAUGUGUUUUCCGUAGAGCAUCACGAGGAACCUGAUGAUCCAAAGUCAACUGUGGUCAAAUUCGAUUUCCGAUUCCUCGAACAAUGGGAAUCAUACAUGAGAAGUCCAUGGACCCAAAGACCCAGGUUCCUACGUAACUGCUGCAAACCAAGGCAAAAGUACACCCAUGAUGAUAUAACGGUGCCCUUCCUGCAUUCGGAUCAAGUUUGUGUUCUGGAUAACAGAUCGGAGCCAGAACUCGUCCAUCCGAUGCGUUUGAUGCUGAAAUACAAUCGUGAAGAACUUAUCUCGCAUCCGGUGGUGCAGUCAAUUUUAUCCCAAAUGUGGCAGCCCGUACUGGGUCUUUAUCUACUCAAUAUGGGAUUUUUCUUACUAUUUAUCGCCCUUUUCACGUCGUUCAUGGUACUCACUGAUCCUCCGUAUCUGCUAUUAGGUCAGAGGAGUCUCAGCACUGCGGAGCUUUGCGCGGAAAUGGAGCAAAACCAACAAAAAGCAUACCACUUGUUUGUUCAGUUCCCAAAAUACGCUCUGAUGGUGGCCAGCAUUAUUAAUAUUUUGAAAGAAAUUGCUCAGUUGUGCGCAUCUGGCCGAUCAUACCUAACUUUGGAGAAUUUGGUUGAAUGGACAAUUUUCGUGCUUGCCAUUGUCACGACCAUAGACACUAGUAAGUGUAUGGCGAAGACCGGACUACGCGAGCAUUGGCAAUGGCAGACCGGUACUGUGGGUCUUACGCUAGCGUGGGUCGACAUGCUAUUCUUUAUGCAGAGGUUGUUUCCUAGCGGCAACUACCUUGGCACUUUUGUUUUGAUUUCUAAAAACUUGUUGAAGCUGUUCAUCAUAUUUAGCCCGUUUUGGAUCGCCUUUAUGAUAGGAUUUCAUCUGUUACUGGCUAAUCACUAUGCCUUCAUGGAUAUGGGCAAUUCACUCACCAAGAUGAUCACCAUGACCAGCGGUGAAGUAGAUUUUUCUGGGACUAUGAUGUCCCAUUACGAUAAAGAUUCUGGACCAGAGGCAGCCGUUUACUACGCUUCUGUUACUUACGCGCUCAUGCUACUCUUCAUCUGUAUCAUGACUAUUGCUAUGCAGAAUAUGCUGACGGCCAUUGCCGUAGGGGAUGUGAAUGAAAUGCAGGGAAGAGCGCAUUUCGACCGAUUGCGUAAGACGCAUAUGUUGCUCUUGGGUGUGCUGAGGAGCAGUUUAAAACCGCACCGCUAUCUGUUGAUUUCCGAUAAACAAUGGUUCAAGCAUCCCAGUACGGAAACCUUGCUCAAUUUGCGGGGAGUGAUGGUGUUCCUUAGAAUUUGGCGCCCCCUGCCGACCGUCUACACGUACUCUUUGGACCAGCCAAGAGGCUUUCUGUUUGGAUGGAUCUAUAAAGCCAUGGGAGGAACGCAAGAGUAUGAGAUCGAUGAGGAAAAAGAAGAUGAAGCAGAAGACGUCACUCAUUCAUUAAGUCUCCUGAAUGAAUUGCGAAAAACUAUUGUCAGUUUGGAGGAAUCUGUUUUGGCUCUGCACAAGACGUUACUUCAGGGUAAAUAA